AUGCUUUCCAUCUUUUUCCAAAUAGCAUUCGGAGUCUGAGAUCAAUAGGAGUACAAGGUACGACCUUCUUAAACUCCUUGUAUGUUUCGGAUUUUAAACGGAUUAUUCCUACUCUUGUUUAUUUAUAAGAAGGAAAAAACAAGAAAACACACACAAUUGAAUUGACAAUACAAACAAACAAAAUAAAAAAAACAUAGACAGAUCUUCUUUGUCCUCCCGACCAACCACCUUCCCUCCGCCGUUGAUAUUCUCCAGCGAGAUCUCCACCGUCGGAUCUCCGCCAUCUCCAACAACUCCAUGAUCGGCUUUUACUAAUCCCAAAUUAGAAUGGUGAGAAGUAGAGGAGAAAAAGAUGAUUUAGAGAAAUUAGGAAACAAUAAUAAUUAUUAUCAUCAUAUUAACAAUAAUCAUAAUCAUAAUCAUAUGAAGGAUGCAUCGUGCAGAAUAAUGCGGGUUGUAUUAUGUUUAGUUAUUUUUGUUACAGGUAUAGUUAUAGGAUUAAUUUCAAGCUCACAUAUCGAUGUUAAUUGGUACUACAACAACAACCGCCAAAACGGAGUCGUAAAAGAGAAGAGUAUUUUUGUUGAUGAUAGCAUUGUUGUUAGAAACUGCACAACAGUAGCAACAGCAACAAGUAUUGUUAAGUGUGAGACAGUUGAUUGUUUGAGUUUAGAGAAUUUGGUUAAACCAAGGGAGAUAAAUCAUGGAUUAAAUGAUAAAGAGUUGUUUUGGAGGGCAUCAAUGGUGCCUAGGAUUGCGGAGUACCCUUUUAAGAGGGUAAAUAAAGUGGCUUUUAUGUUCUUAACCAGAGGUCCUUUGCCGUUUUUACCUUUGUGGGAGAGGUUUUUUGCUGGACAUCAGGAGUUUUUUUCAAUUUAUGUUCAUACUUUGCCUGGCUUUACGCUUAAUGUGUCUCCUUACUCCGUCUUUUUUGGCCGCCAAAUUCCGAGUCAGAAAGUUUCUUGGGGUGAUAUAUCUCUGGCAGAUGCAGAGAAGAGGCUUUUGGCCAACGCUCUCCUUGACUUCUCCAAUGAGCGGUUCGUGCUAAUCUCUGAAAGCUGCAUUCCUGUCUACAAUUUUCAAACAGUAUACAAAUACAUCACGGAAUCCGUCCACAGUUUUGUAGAGUCCUAUGAUGAUCCCUCACGUUAUGGUCGUGGGCGCUACAGCCGGCGAAUGGGACCUGAUAUUAAGCUCCGUCAAUGGAGAAAAGGGUCUCAGUGGUUUGAGAUUACCCGAUCUUGGGCGAUUGAAAUUAUAUCAGACUAUAAGUACUAUGAUCUUUUUAGGAAAUACUGCCAUCCUUCUUGCUACCCUGAUGAGCACUAUAUUCCCACUUACCUCCAAAUAUUUCAUCCACUCCUCAACUCUAAUCGUACAGUAACUUGGGUGGAUUGGUCUCUGGGAGGGCCUCAUCCGGCGAGUUUUGGGAGAGAAAAUAUUACAGAAGGUUUCAUACAGAAUAUCAGAAAUAAUGGGACAGAGUGCUGGUAUAAUUUUCAAAGAACACCUAUUUGUUACCUCUUUGCUCGUAAGUUCGAUCCAAGCGCACUGGAGCCUUUGCUGAACAUAAGUUCAAAAGUGAUGGGCUUUUGACAAAUUUUGACUUAGCUUAGCUAGAAGUGUAGCCUCAUCUGAAAAGUUUUGGUUUGGAUGCUGGCGUGAUGAUCAAUUGAUCAUAUUAUAUUGGUAGUGCUAGUAGUUCCUUUUUUUUUUGGUUUUUUGUUUGUUUCUUUGUACAGAUACAAUUUUGAUUGCUUUAGGUAUAUAUUGAAAUGAAUACGAUUAUGGCAAAUUUUGUUAGUAUUACUUUUCGCUGUUUUCUUUUGUUUUACAAGGGGAUAAUUCAAUGUAACUCAACCAAAGACAAGAUUUCGCUAUCCUAAAUAAAAACAAAAAUUGGCUA